GUUUGCACAACCAAUUUGUGACAGUCAACAGCCUUUCAUUAAGGUUAUAUGAUUAACAAAUGAGCCCUACGUUCUACGCUGAAUAUUCAUUAUCAAAUUAAAGCAGGGGGCGUGAAGUGGAAAUACACGAAACAAACGUCACAAUCGUGUUUGAAAAUACUUUGUGUUCACUUAAAAUUGAAAUUUAGUCAAUUAGCCUUAUAACGGUUUUUUGUGUACGCGCUGGUUUUCUUUGUGGGGGUCGAGUGUCGGAAGAGUUCCAUUUUGAAAAAGUGACUUACCUUUAUGAUUUAAUACCCACUUAAACGUACAGCUAUAAACGCUAUAAUGAGUGGAAAGUGGUACUCGAUGUUCUUAUCAACCAUCUUAGUACAUCAAGUCAGAUUACAGUCUACACCAGAUACAUGUGAAAGAAUCGAUAAUCUCAAUAAUACCGAUAUAAUGAAACAUUUAACGGAUCCAUGCCGAUAUGACAAAUGGAUAAGACCAUCUGAAAAUGGCGAGCCCACAGUAAUAUCUGCCAUGAUGUAUGUCUACUUUCUAGGGUCCAUCGAGGCCCAGAAUCUGCAAUUCACGGCACAUUUGUUAGUGAGAUACAAAUGGCUCGAUCAUAGACUGAAAUUUAAUGGAUCAAUAACUGAGGGGGAAGAAACUUUGAGAAGUAAACUUUGGACACCACAUCUGUAUUUGGUAAAUGAGCACGACAGUCGGAUAAUGGGUUCUGGAAAAGAAGAUGUUCUUAUUCAAAUUCAUCCAGACGGCACUGUUCAUUACUCAUCAAGAUUAAAAGUGACAUUGUUAUGCCUUAUGAAUCUCCAAAAAUUUCCCUUUGACAGCCAACUAUGCCCACUUGAAUUAGAAAGUUGGGGCUAUAAUACAACCCAACUUCUUCUUGAAUGGGAGAAUGAUUCACCAAUAUCUGUCAACAAAGAGUUACAAUUGACUGAAUAUACAUUGGUAGAUACAUGGACUAAUAAAAGUAUGAAUAUGUAUGCAGUGCCGACAGGAAAAUUAGGAAAUUCAAGCAUACACAACAGCAAAUUCUCUGGUAAUUACAGUUCUUUGAUUGUAUAUUUUCAACUGGAGAGAGAAGUCGGACACUAUAUCAUGGAUUAUUACGUACCCAGUAUUCUCCUCGUUGUUGUCUCUUGGGUUUCGUUUUGGCUCGAUCCAAAUGCAGUACCUGGAAGGACCACAUUGGGAACAAGUACAAUGUUGACUUUCAUCACUUUAUCAAGAAAUAUCGGAAGCUCGUUGCCGAAGGUUUCUUACAUAAAAGCUACAGAAGUUUGGUUUAUUGUCUGCACACUGUUGAUUUUUGGAUCUCUGGUUGAAUUCGCUUUUGUCAACACUAUUUGGCGAAGAAGGAAAAAUGUAGAAUUGAAGAAGAAAAAUAGCAGAUAUAUUUUAAAAUCGACAUUAACGCCUCAACAAAAACGAAAAGAAAUCGCAAUCGAUAGAAGCCAUUCUUGUUCAUCCCUCGAAGAGUCGAAGCAAAAUUCAGCUAGUCACAGUCAGAAAACAAGUCAGUUAACAUUAUCCGUUGAGUCUAUCAGCAGGAAUCCAUUACCAAACAAAAUAUUUUUUGAAGACACUGAUGAAAAGCCAGCUUCUCAGCAUAAAGGACUUUUUACAAUGACUCCACAAGAGAUAGCACAAUGGAUCGACAAACGAAGCCGUCUUCUGUUUCCAUUGAUAUUUAUAAUUUUUAACUGUUUAUACUGGACAUUCCUGUUAAUAAAAUUUUGAUACAAUU